CAAAACGGUCCACCGUUUAAAACAUCCAUCCUCUUCACCUCACUUCACCUCACUUGACUUAUAAACUUUACAUCUAUAUAUCCUACAACCAACUCAUCAGUCCGCCUCUCAACCACCUAUAUCCACCUCUAUCCACCUAUAUCCAUCUACCUACACUUCCAAACCACAAUCAUGGCCAAGAUGGGCAAAAAGGCAGUUCACUUUGGCGCUGGCAACAUCGGCCGCGGCUUUGUCGCCUGCUUCCUCCACAACUCGGGCUAUGAAGUCGUCUUCGCCGACGUCAACGGCGACCUCAUCGACACCAUCAACGCCACGCCCUCGUACAGAGUCAUCGAGGUCGGCUCCGAGGGCACCUCUGAAAACACAAUCACAAACUACCGCGCCAUCAACUCGCGGACCCACGAGGACGACCUGGUCGACGAGAUCCGCACCGCCGACGUCGUCACCUGCUCCGUCGGCCCCAACAUCCUCAAGUUCAUCGCCCCCGUCAUCGCAAAGGGCAUCGACGCCCGCGCCGACGGCCCGGAGCAGACGCCGCUGCACGUCAUUGCCUGCGAGAACGCCAUCGGCGCCACGGACACGCUGGCCGGCCACAUCAAGGACGCCCGCAACACCAGCCCGGAGCGCCUCGACUCGCACCACCUGCGGGCCCGCUACGCAAACUCGGCCAUUGACCGCAUCGUGCCCGCCCAGGACCCCAACGCCGGCCUGGACGUGACGCUGGAGAAGUUCUUCGAGUGGGUGGUGGACAAGACGCCGUUCGAGGACGUCGGCAUCCCCUCCAUCGACGGCAUCAACUGGGUCGACAACCUGGCGCCGUACAUCGAGCGCAAGCUCUACACCGUCAACACCGGCCACGCCACCGCCGCCUACCACGGCUACAACCGCCGCAAGCGCACCGUCUUCGACGCCCUGCAGGACAAGCAGAUCAUGGCCGAGGUGCGCGGCGCCCUGACCGAGUCCAAGAACCUGCUCGUCGCCAAGCACGGCAUCUCCGAGGACGCCCAGAUCGCCUACAUGAACAAGAUCAUCAAGCGCAUUGGCAACCCUCACUUGGAGGAUGCCGUCGAGCGAGUCGGCCGUGCUCCUCUGCGCAAGCUGUCGCGCAAGGAGCGCUUCGUCGGCCCCGCCGCCGAGGCUGCCGAGAACAACAUGCCCAUUGACUACCUCCUCGACGCCAUUGAGAUGACGUUCCGUUUCCAGGACGUCGAGGGCGACGACGAGUCCAAGGAGCUCUCGGCCAUCAUGUCUGACAACACCCCCGAGGACGUUGUCGCAAAGGUCUGCGGCAUCCAGGCCACCGAGAAGAUCUACCCCCGUCUGGUCGAGGUUGUCAAGCGUGUCCAGGACGACAGCCGCGAGGAUUGACUAGCUCGUCAGCCUGAGGAACUCCGAUCCAGGAUAUGAUUGAUGGGUCCGAGUCUUUUUUUGUCUCUUCUUCAUUUCUACUACGGCAUCAUUACACGCACAAGCCUGUUGAAUGAAAAGCCUGCACCCUUUUUCUGCAUUACAUCUUCUCUUCGCUUCUUGAGCUUGUUUUAUCAAAUGCAAUGAAUGAAUGGCAAGGCGCUGGGAUUAUCGGGAACAUCAUAUAGAUAUAUUAUCUAUUCUUCCUUUUUUUUUUUUUUUUUUGUAAUUGGGUAUUAUUAGCAACUUCUUUUGAUAGCAUAACGAUUCGGCAUAUCACAUCAAUGAAAACAAACUUAUAAAAAAA